AUGCUGGACUGGAUGAAAGGGAAUGAGGGCGAUGCUGCAGACACCUCCAAGGUGCUGGAGCCGCCCGAGACUCCAGCUCCCGUGUUUGCGAUACGCGCCUUCAAAAGCGCCCUGUUUGGCACACCUGGCGCAGAAGAGGAGGAUAAGCACGUCCCACAAACAAAGCCGUCUGGUCAUCAACGCAGCAAAAGCGACACGACCAAUCCCAUCCACGUCCAGAAGGAAGAUCCGAAACUAGAACACGACGCGACCUUUAACCCUUCGGGCUCCCCGACCAAGAGCAUCCUCGUCACACCUGGCACAAUCGCCAACCGACGGAAGACUGUUUCCUUCGGCGAGGGUGUUGUUGACAAUGAAGGGAAACGCGAUGCUCGAAUCACCAAAACGCCUCCGAAUCCUGCGGGUAAUAUCACCACGCAAUGGAUGUCCGGGUCGGCCGAUGGCAAGCCGCGAAGCAAACUCACUCAGACCCUGAUCGAUGCGCGUGACAAUGCGUCGAAAAAUGCCGAAUCGUCGACCAAUUCUACGCCAGACUCCGCUUCUGACGCGAAGCCUGUCACGCGAUCCCUAUCCAAAGAUGAAGCAACCACUGAAGACAUCACGCUCAACUUGGACGAGCCGCGUUCGGAGUCUGGGAAAUAUUGGAAGACGGAGUUCGACAAUUAUCGAGUGCGGACUAACCGGGAGAUCAAGAAACUGAUUCACUAUCGGUCAGUCGCCAAGUCUUACGCUCGGAAGAAGGAUUCGGAGUCUCUACGGCUGGCAGACAAAUUGCGCGAAGAAGAAGAGAAGGUGGUGGAGAUGGAACGCCAGGUUUCACGGCUUGCCUCUGCGAUUGUCGGGGAGGGAUCCCAGGCCGGAAAGGAUGGAUUAAUACAAGAUCUGACCAAGCAGACUACCUUGGCGCUUCAAUACAAGCAGCAGGUCACUUCUCUGCGCAAGUCACUCGAACAGCAAGGUGUUGUCAAAGGUGAUGCGGUCCAGGCCCUUGAGCCGACGAAGGAAGAGCAACCUUCAGCGAACUCGUCGGAGCUUCGCAAAGUUCAGCAGGAGCUGAAGCAAGCAAACGCCCAAAUUGAGGAGAUGAAGCGCCAGAACCCAGACCUCAGCACACUCCAGAGCCUCGCGCAAAGCUCAGAAAAGAAAGCGCAGGAUCUCGAAAAGGAAAACAAGUCCCUCAAGCAAACCCUGGCACGCGUCAAACAAGAAAUGUCACGAUACGAAGGCCGGCGCAAAGAAAAGGAAACGAAACUCAAGCAGAGAGAGGCCAAAUUGGAAGCACGAAUCCAGGAGUACCGAGAUCGUUUGAAGACGACUUCUCAAGAACACCGUGCGUCAGAAGAAGCUCUACGGGCAAACUUCGAGGAAGAGCGUCGCCGAAUGCAAAACCAGAUCGACCUUCUGAAAGUACGAUCUGCCGGCACAGACCGUGGCCCGACUCUGCGUUCCCUGCAACGCCAUUCCUUCAGCCCGCGCAAAGAGUACUCAGGUGUGCAUGUGUAUGACUUUGCAGGCAAUGACCACCCAGAAAUUGAAGAAGAGGCUACCGAGGACCUCGAAGCACCCCCAAGCCCAAGCCCUCGCUCCAAAGCACGACACACUCGCAAUGUGACAACAGGAGCCCUCGACCUUAAACGGGCAGCUCGCGGCGUCGCCGCCGAUGACGACGAGGUCACACAUUACCUGAAUCAGAUCCUCCCCAAGCAACACAACGCUAUCAACCAAGAACGGGACGGGAUCCCACCCUCGUCGCCACCUGAUAUCGCGCCUCUCAAAUCCCUCAACCGCGCCCACACAAAAUACCAGUCCACUCGAGACGGCCAGCGCACAUAUCGUUCUUUAUACUUGCGUGAUCCGGACAAUGCAGACACAGGACACGCGCACACUCAACGCCCAAGAGCCCACAUCAAAUCCACCUUGGACUCGAUAUCAGGGCUUCCCGCCUCGCGGGCCAACUACGCAGGAUACACAAUUUCAGCGGGCGAGCUUGGUACGCGACGUGGACUAGCGGAUAUGAGAGGUGAACUUCUCUCGCCGGAAAGGGUGGCUGCGGCUAAGUCGAGGCUUAAGCAGAAGCAUGAUAGUCGGAAGGGAACGGCGCUGGCUGGGAAGGAGAAUUUCUGA